GGGAUUUUUCUGCGACCCAGUGAUUUAGAAGCACGCGUGUUUUCGACAUUACUUAUUAUUCUACAGCUCUUUACGUUUGGGCCGAGAAUUGUAUGGAGCAAAAAAAUGGGCCUCUCUCCCAAAUGGAAUAGUUCAUCAACAUCGGCACCAAUCGCGCCGACUCCGCGCGUGUUUCGGUACCAGAUUUGGUGUGUGCUGCUGGUUGUUUCUGCUGUUUUGAAGACCAAUGCUCCCUACCUCGUGUGCAAAGUGACAAUGAAGCUUCUUCAGGGAAGGGCAAAGGUGUUCAUUCACAUACACCGGAGAAGAGCCUUCUAACCCAAGAUCUGUAUUUAACUUUUUCCGUGCUUGGCGUCAGCACCCGGCGCACCCAGGCCAUCAGCAUCCGCGACACCGCAACCGUCAGUUGUCUUGACCCCUCCGCGUGACCCUGGCAGCUUUUCUAGUAACGGCACCGACAAAGUCAACAUCGAAGAAUGGCUUGGCAUAUAUGACCGCGUCAGUGCACACAACCGAUGGGACCCGACAGUGAUGCUCGCAAGGCCUGGUCGUCUGUCAGCAUGCAUUGAAGCAUUCCAGCUGUCCAACAAAUGCAGAUGGUGCAGUUUCAUGAAGGAUUCCACUACCGCUGUAACUCCUGUGUCUGGAUGGAUAAACUGUGAUCUGAAGUGCUCACCAGGAUCCAUGUAGGCCAACGUAUGUUUGAAUUCCAUUUGUGCACUCGGAUCUUCUCGCGAACGUUCAAGCCGAAGCAACACCUGCACUCACACAGCCAAGCGGCCAUUUGAGUGCCCUUCAUGCUCUCAGAGCUUCUCACAAAAAGUUAUUCUAAUGAAACACCUGUGCAUCCACAGAGGUGAGAUGCCAUUUCAUUGCCAUUUGUGUGCUAGGAGCUUUGCGGUGAAGUCAACAUUGAAGAAACACCUGCACACCCACACAGGCGAGAGGCCAUUUCAGUGCCUUGCAUGCCCUCAAAGCUUCUCACAAAAGUGUUCUCUGAAGCAACACCUGCACACCCAUACAGGCGAGAAGCCAUUUCAUUGCCCUUUGUGCCCUCAGAGCUUCUCACGAAAGAGUACUUUGAAGCGGCACCUGUGCACCCACACACGCGAGAAGCCAUUUCAAUGCCCUUCGUGCCCUCAGAGCUUCUCACAAAAGCGUUAUCUGAACCAGCACCUGUGCUCCCAUACAGGCGAGAAGCCAUUUCAAUGCCCUUCGUGCCCUCAGAGCUUCUCACAAAAGAGUACUCUGAACCAACACCUGCACACCCAUACAGGCGAGAAGCCAUUUCAUUGCCCUUUGUGCCCCCAGAGCUUCUCACGAAACAGUACUUUGAAAUGGCACCUGUGCUCCCAUACAGGCGAGAAGCCAUUUCAAUGCCCUUCGUGCCCUCAGAGUUUCUCACAAAAGCGUUAUCUGAACCAGCACCUGUGCUCCCAUACAGGCGCGAAGCCAUUUCAAUGCCCUUCGUGCCCUCAGAGCUUCUCACAAAAGAGUAGUUUGAACCGGCACUUGUGCACCCACACACGCGAGAAGCCAUUUCAAUGCCCUUCGUGCCCUCAGAGCUUCUCACAAAAGCGUUAUCUGAACGAGCACCUGUGCUCCCAUACAGGCGAGAAGCCAUUUCAAUGCCCUUCGUGCCCUCAGAGCUUCUCACAAAAGCGUUAUCUGAACCAGCACCUGUGCUCCCAUACAGGCGAGAAGCCAUUUCAAUGCCCUUCGUGCCCUCAGAGCUUCUCACAAAAGAGUAGUUUGAACCGGCACUUGUGCACCCACACACGCGAGAAGCCAUUUCAAUGCCCUUCGUGCCCUCAGAGCUUCUCACAAAAGCGUUAUCUGAACGAGCACCUGUGCUCCCAUACACGUGAGAAGACAUUUCGGUGCCCUUUGUGCCCUCAGAGCUUCUCACGAAAGAGUAAUCUCAAUCAACACCUGCACACCCACACAGGUGAGAAGCCAUUUCAGUGCCCAUCGUGCCCUCAGAGCUUCUCACAAAAGGGUAAUCUGAACCAGCACCUGCGCACCCACACAGGUGAGAGGCCAUUUCAAUGCCCUUCGUGCCCUCGGAGCUUCUCACAAAAGAGUAGUUUGAACCGGCACCUGUGCACCCACACACGCGAGAAGCCAUUUCAAUGCCCUACGUGCCCUCAGAGCUUCUCACGAAAGAGUCAUCUGAAUCUGCACCUGCGCACCCACACACGCGAGAAGCCAUUUCAAUGCCCUUCAUGCCCUCAGAGCUUCUCACAGAAGAAUACUCUGAAUCAACACCUGCGCACCCACACAGGAGAGAAGCCAUUUAAGUGCCCUUUAUGCCCUCAAAGCUUCUCACAAAAGUCGACAUGGAAGGUUCACCUGCACUUCCACUAAUGUGAGAGGCUGUUUCAGAGCCAUUCAUGUCAUGAGAACUUAUUGUGGAAGUCUGCAUUAAACCAACAGCCACGCAUCCAUACAGGUGGGCUGCCAUUUCAGUGCCCUGAAUGCCGUCAGUAAUCCUCAAAAGUCCUUACUGAAGGACCACGUGUGCAUCCACUCAGUGAGAGGCCAUGUGAGUACUCUUCAUAUACUCGGAUGUACUCGUGGAAAUUCGCACUGAACUUCACUUCCAUUAAUGUGAGAGGGUGUUUCAGGGUCCUUCAUGUCCUGAGAACUUGUGAAAGUCUGCAGUGUACCGACACCCGCUCAUCCUCACAAAGUCUGUAGUGAAGGAUCACCUGUGUAUCCACUCAGAAAGACACCAUGUCAGGGCUGUUCAUGUCCUCAGAGUUACUUCCAGAAGUUUGCACUGAACUGACACAUGCACAACCCACAUCAGCGAGAGGCCGUUUCAGUGCCAUUUCUACCAUCAAACCUUGGGACAUAAAAGCCACUUCAAUAGGCACCCUGACACCACAAGUGCACCUGACGUGUGCAGUGCAGCAGCGCUGAUUUGUGUGCACUCCUCAUCAUUCCUUCGUGCUUUUCAUGUUUUCCUUAGUUUUUUCAUGGAAGCUCAGCAUAUGAGCAGGCCUAUAGUUCUAUACUAGGAGGAAACAUUAAUUCUUUACUUUCUGUUAUGAUGUUUAAGCUCUUUGUUGUAAACAAGCACUUCUUUCUGCAUUGAAGCAUUUAGCUGCUCUUUACUGGAUCAGUUGUGCAAGUUCGUUUCAGUGCAAAAAAUUAAAUUAAGAAUUGGGUUUUGUUAAUUAUUGAUAUUUCAUUACUUGCACUAAUAGCAUGUAAUGUUUCAAUUCGUUCGCAUUUAUUGUGCUGAACCCUUCAAGAGAAUUUGAGUGGCUAUUUACUAUUGCUGUGUAAUGCAGUUAAAACAACCUUUUCUCAGGAAUUCAAAUUAUGCAAUUAUUAUGUGCUUUUUUGAUUCCUGCUAUGAUUCAACUGGUUUCAGUGAUACUAAAUGCGCUAAUAUGAAAUUUUUUGCUGCAGACCUUUGAGUACCUUGAAAAUUGCUUCGUAAUAAAGCAUUGUUCUCAUGGA